AUGAACAUGGGCACAAUUACUCCGUCCAAGGUCAACAAGAAUCUUCGCUACGGCAAAGCUGGCCUCCAGUCACUGAAGCGCCAUGUCCCCGGCAAGGGCGAGAUCCCCCGAAGUGGACGAGACUACCCCGCUAUAAGGAAGCGGAAGCGACACAACAUGGACAGGGACGUGGGCAGCGUCCGGUUCCACGGGUCACAGGACUGGGAUGAGUCGGAGGAAGACUCGGACGACAGUGGAUCUCGCUCGGCAGGUGCGCGUGGUGGCAAGGGCAGCAGAAAGACGAAGAAGAAUCGCAGCUGGAUCAGCAAUCUCUUCCACACAUUGGAGGAACACCCAAAUGCGCCCGAGAAUCUCUACCGCUGGAUUCAACUUCUGAUCAACUGCGCCAUUGUAUCGGGCUUUGUGUUCGUUUGUUGGACCAUGUUCGAUUCUGUGCGGUCGGAUAUUCGAAACGCCAACGAUGCAGCUCGGUUGGACAUUGAGAACAGGAUCACCCAAUGCCGGACGGAGUAUACUCUGAAUGAGUGCAUCAAAAAGGACCGGCCUGCUCUGAAGGCCAUGUGCGAUGAGUGGGCUGAGUGUAUGAUUCAGGACUCGUCAGCCAUCAUGAGAGUUCGGGUCACGGUUAAGCAAAUCGCCGAAAUCCUCAAUGAGUUUGCUGGUGCCAUGCAGAUGAAAGCCUGGCUCUUCUUCUUUGGCGUCGUUUUCCUCAGCAUCAUUGCCAACAACCUUGCUCUGGGUCGCAUGGCGAAUAAUGCCGGCCCAUCCCGCCCUACGCCAUCACAUCGCGCUUCGUCUGGCAUGGCUCCCGAGCCAUCAGUGAUACCGGAACCCUCUCAGGCGUACAUGUGGGUCCCCGUUCAGACGCCAUCGCACCGCCGACACCUGCAGUAUGACAACGACGACACCGAUACCGACGGUGCAUCGCCGCCAAAGAUGAAGGCGAUCAUGCCGCCUCAAACCCCUUCAGGACGCCGUAGCCCAAGCAAGGGUGAUCGCGACCGCCUGCGAAGUCCCACGAAAUACGGACGAGCUCUGAGCCCCGUCAAGGGUUACUGA